AUUGGCGGUAAUGAGAAUAUGCUCAAAGGUGUUGGUUUCGGAUUUAGAGACCUGUCAUCGAAGUAGGUGUAAACCUAAACAAGGUGUCUUAUCGCUUUGCGAUGAAAAUGGAGAUGUCAUUAUUUUCAUCAAUGAAUCUUCUUCAAAUACGUGCAGGAAAUUCAAAGUAUUUCCUAGUUGUACUGAAUAUUGAAAAUGUUUCAGAUAUCAGCAAACAUUGAAAGGCUAUUCACCAAUCACGUUAGAGUAGGAAACCUGACGAUUCAUCUGAAAACUCCCCCCAAAUUUAUAAUGAUUCAUCAGGCUGAACCCUCGAAUUUGAUGAAGCUAGUAAACAUUUUAAACCUUAUAAAAUCGGGUGACAAAAUACCUGUUGGAACUCUUAGCAACAGGCCUGCUACAAAUGAAGUUAGGAAAGUAAGUCAUCGCCGGCUGGUUAUAACAAGACGAGAGGACUAUCCUUUUUCUCAAGGCUUCAGUAUAUCUCUGCAUGAAGUAGCUGCAGCAGGAUUGAGAUUGCGUCAGUUUGAUACAAGACUUCUCAAACUAUACAGUUUGCGCUUCCUUGACCUGAGUGCAAAUUUACUGGAAACAAUUCCUCAGGAAGUACAAUAUCUCAAUGUAGUUCAUUUGUGUUUAUGUAAAAACCGCAUCACCCGAUGGCCGUCAAUUUCCGAAAGUUCACCACUAACUAAAACUCUGGAACUUAUCGACUUGAGCAGUAACAAUUUAACUUGGUUGCCAGAUGAUUUUUGGGCCCUUACGAACCUUAGGAACGUCAACCUUUCAAAUAACAGACUGAGAGGUGUCCCAGUUGCUUUCUUGCACAAGUUAGACCGGCUCUCUGUGCUUAUUUUGAAUGAUAAUAAAUUGGACUCUUUGCCAUCUAUAUUGCCCUCUCGUCAACUAAACCAACUAGUAGUUUACAAUAAUCCGUUUUUACCUUCCGAUUUGGUUGCUAAACCGAGUGAUGUUGCCCUAACGCUACUCAGCUGUGCGUCAACAAGUUUCCUUCGUAGUAAUUGGUACCCCUGUCUUGAAAGUAUCUUACCCUGGAGUUUGCGUAUUCGCUUGGCAGUAUUUAGAACCUGUUUAUGUUGCCGUUUAAGAUGUGGUGUGAAUCCUUACCGCAUUCUUGUGUCGUAUAAAAGUUGGAUGAACAUUUCUUGUGAUCGCCAGAGCCCCCCAAACAUUUUGGCCUAUUUAUGCAGCGAAAGAUGUCUAACAACUUUCAGUUCCAACACUUGGAAAUACACUUUAGAUUAGUUUUCGAAUAAUGGCUCUUUUUCAUGUUGUAAAGUUCGAAUUACUUUUGGUCGAUGCAGUGUCAGAAACCUGUUUAUUAAUGAUAAC